AUGAAUGCCCUCCAGGUGUUUUCCCUCACUCUGCUGUCAGUUCUGGCAGUGAACGCUCAGGUCAUUGUGCCAGGAAGAUGCCCCAAGCCUGCUGUUCAGAAGAACUUUGAUGCUGCUAAGUAUCUUGGUACAUGGUAUGAAAUCGAGAAACUGCCCCACACUUUCCAGAAGGGUGAGUGCAGCACAGCCACCUACAGCCUGAAGAGCCCUGGAGUCGUCGGUGUCCUCAACAGGGAGCUGCUUGCCGAUGGGACCAUUAACACCAUCAGUGGCUCUGCUGUGUCCAAGAGUUCCUCUGAGCCUGCCAAACUGCUGGUCUCCUUCUUUGAGAACUCUCCCCCUGCUCCUUACUGGGUCCUGUCCACUGACUACGACAGCUACUCCCUGGUCUACAGCUGCACUGACCUCGGUGUGCUCCAUGUGGAGUUCGCCUGGAUCAUGAGCAGGCAGCCCACUCUGCCUCAGGAGACCAUCAGAGAACUGUCCAACACCCUGUCUUCCAUCGGAGUCAAUGUAGACAAGAUGAUCACCACCAACCAGGAUGCAGCUUACUGCAGCGCCAUGCACCAGUAA